AACCUUUGAACCAAGGAAUAUAAUAAACACCAACUACAUCAACUUGUGCUUGAAUAAUUGAAAUUCAGAUAGUCGAUAGACUUCAUCUUUCCUAUCAUCUCUUUUGCGUAGGAAAGCUAAACUGUACGGCGAGGUGGUGAUACUGAUAUGGGAUGGGUUUGCUGCAUUUCGUAUGUUUUAUUAGCCUUUCUGUGUUUUUUCUGCAAUCUUGGAUUGAGCGGCGACAGUCUCAGACGCGGCGAAUCGGUUACUCAAAACCAGACAUUAGUCUCCGCCGGCGGGAACUUCGCGUUGGGAUUCUUCCGCCCCGGGAACUCUUCUUCUUCCUUUCUGGGGAUAUGGUACAAUUCCAUCAACAAAACUGUGAUCUGGGUGGCUAACAGAGAAUCUCCUCUGCCUCAAGAUUCUGAAGGCGUUUUCACACUCGGGUAUGAUGGGAAUUUGCAGCUUUUGGACGGCGGCGGAAGAAAUAUUAUAUGGUCAACGAAUAUCUCCGGCGGCGGCGGCGGAUCCACGGCGGCCCAAUUGCAAGAUACGGGAGAUCUUAUUGUGAAGCAGGGUGAGAGCAUUGUUUGGGAAAGCUUUGAUGGCGACAGCGAUGCAUUAAUGCCGGGGAUGAGGCUAAAGGUAAACAAGAAAACUGGGAAACGGAACUUAAUCAGAUCUUGGAUAGGCAGAGAUGAUCCCCGACCGGGGAAAUUCUCGUGGGGAAUGGAUCCUAAAGGAUCUCCCCAGUUUUUGAUUUGGAAAGAAGAUAAGCCUUAUUAUAGGAGCAAUUUGUAUCAGGAUGGGUUUACUUUCAGUAGGUACUUUCCCGCACUGGGAUACUCUGCAUAUUAUUCUUUUGCCACAGAAAAUGAUGAAGAAUUUUUCAGCUUUGGAUAUGCUGACACCUCAAUUCAAAUAAGGUUCAUCUUGAUUCCAGAUGGUCAUAUUCAGGUACUGUUGAGGCAAAAAAAGAGUGAUGAAUGGUUGAUGCGGUGGCAGGUGCCCGCCACUGAUUGUGAAUUCUAUUCGCGCUGUGGUGCAUUUGGGACCUGUGAGCAAACCGAGUCCGAUUCACACUCGGUUUGCAGUUGUUUGCAAGGGUUUAAGCCGAAAUCUCAGAAAGAUUGGGAUAAGGGGGAUUAUGGUGGAGGGUGUGUGAGGAGAAAAGAUCUGCAAUGCGAUGAGAAUGAUAGGUUCAUGAGGCUUCCCAGGAUGAAAUGGCCUGAUCAUUCGACUUCAUUGGGGAAUUUGACAUUUGAGGAAUGUGAAAUGGCGUGUUCUAGGAACUGCUCGUGCAGUGGUUUUGCGUAUGCGAAUAUCAGUACUGACUCUACUGUCAAUUGUUUAAACUGGUUUGGCGACUUGGUCGAUUUGACACAAAACUAUUCAGCUGGUCUUAACGGUUUUGGCCAAGAUCUCUAUGUUCGUGUUCAUGCAUCUGAGCUAAAUGGAAGCAGUGGAAAUGAUGAUUCAUCUCACAGAAACAAACGUGGUCUUGUUGCAAUAAUAGUUGCCUCAGUCACUUCAUUGUUUCUUCUUACUGUUUUGGUGUAUAUCCUCACCUGUGGAAGGAAAGGUUGGGUUUCUAAAAGGGCUACACUGUCAACUGCACCCCUUCUUGGUGGUAAAGAUGACAUAGACUUGCUGCAGCUUAGUUUGCAGAGAAUAAUUGAUGCUACUAACAACUUCGACGAAGUAAACAAACUUGGAGAGGGCGGUUUUGGUCCUGUUUAUAAGGGAUUUUUAUCAGAAUUCGGGAUGGUUGCCAUCAAGAGACUAUCCAAGCAAUCAUCUCAAGGUCUGAACGAGUUCAUGAAUGAGUUGAAGCUAAUUGCAAAACUACAGCAUACAAAUCUUGUCCGCCUAUUAGGUUGUUGCAUUGAGGAUGAAGAAAAAAUAUUGAUCUAUGAGUACUUGCCCAAGAGAAGUCUAGACAACUUCUUAUUUGAUGAAUUUCAGAAAGAAAAUUUAGAUUGGAACACACGCUUUCAAAUAAUAGAGGGAGUUGCUCAAGGAAUUCUUUAUCUUCACAAGUACUCUAGGUUGAAAAUCAUUCACCGGGACUUAAAAGCAAGCAAUAUUCUACUUGACGAGGCAAUGAAACCAAAAAUAUCAGAUUUUGGAAUGGCAAGAAUUUUUGGUAUUAACCAAACUCAAGCAAAAACAAAUCAUGUGGUUGGAACAUAUGGUUACAUACCGCCGGAAUAUGUAUUGCAUGGUCAAUUUUCUGAGAAAUCAGAUGUAUUCAGUUUUGGAGUGCUGCUAUUGGAAAUUGUUAGUGGCCAGAAGAAUUCUAAUUUUUUUCGGACUCAACUUUCUGUCACUCUCAUAGGAUGGGCAUGGAAAAACUGGAAAGAUGGACAACCGCUUGAAUUUGUUGAUCUAGCGAUAAAAGAAUCAUGUGACUUUCUCAAACUCAUAAGGUGCAUCGAGGUGGGACUUCUAUGCGUCCAAGCAAUUCCAACUGAUAGACCGAUAAUGUCUGAUGUAGUUCAAAUGUUGAGCAAUAACGAUGCAACACCAAUUCCACAACUCAAAGAACCUGCAUUUGUUUUUAGCCAAUCCAAUUCCAUUGUUUGUACUUCUCAUCCUAAUUCUACAAAUGAGAUUACAAUAAGUAAUCUCGAUCCUCGAUAAAGGAUCUGUCAUUUUGUGUAAAUAUUUUAUGCCCUUGUUAGCUAUUAUACUAGUUUGGUAUAGGUUUGUGUCUGGUUUCAUAGUCAAUUGUUUCAUCAUGUGGUUACCAAGUACUUUGUUGUUUGAUGUUAUCGCUUUGACUCUUCUAGAGGUUUGAGUCACAUCUCAAUCAAGAAUGUUGGCAUAUUAAUUAUGUUGUUGAGCAGAUAUUAAAUUUUCUAAGGGAUAGAUAAAUCCGGA